GUAAUCGCGCCUCAGCCGCCUGCGCAUCGCCGUGAUGUCUGCAUUCUUUGGACUAGGCAAGACUCGCACGUUUAAACCCCGGAAGGAUGUCCCGGAAGGCACCAAGCAAUAUCAACUACGCAAGUAUGCCGAGGCGACGCUGGGAUCUGGGAACUUACGAUUGGCUGUGAAACUCCCGGAAGGGGAGGACGAGAACGAGUGGCUCGCAGUGCAUGCUGUUGACUUCUUCAAUCAUCUGAACAUGCUUUACGGAACUGUCACCGAGUUUUGCACGCCACAGGAGUGCCCUAUCAUGUCUGCUGGCCCAAGAUACGAAUAUCUCUGGGAGGAUGGUCAAAAGUACAAGCGACCGACGAAGCUGCCUGCACCGGAAUAUGUCGACGCGCUCAUGAACUGGACGCAAGGCCUGCUCGAUGAUCCGGUGAUGUUUCCGAACAAGAUCGGUGUGCCCUUCCCGAAAGCAUUUCGAGACACGAUUCGGACCAUCUUUAGGCGACUGUUUCGCGUUUACGCACAUCUAUACAGUAACCAUUUCGAUCAUGUCUGCGCCUUGGGUAUCGAAGCGCAUCUGAACACGAGCUACCGCCAUUUCUUUUUGUUUAUCAACGAGUUUGACUUAGUAGAUAAGAAGGAACUGGCACCACUCGAAGAGUUGAAUGAUGCUAUACUUGCAGAGGACAACAGGUCACGGUAGCGUCUACUACUUGAUAGACCUCGUAUAUCUUGUGUCAGUCGUGUCGCCUUCGCAAUUGUUGUGAUAAUCUGUACUGCUGUCAUUCAAUGUACCUUCGCCACGGUCCGCACAACGACGAGACUACAGUCAAGAUAUUCAAC